GUGUUGCUAGCGCAAGUUAGCCGAUACAUUGGUGCUAAAUUUAAAGUCGGAUACGUUGUUAAAUGGAGCAGGGAAAGAAGUUUUGAGACCACACAGCUCUUUCUGUCUAGGGCCAUGGCACACCAUCAUGGCCUCUGUGAGCUCACUUGGUGCACAGAAUCUCCAGAGAUGGAUUCCAGCGCUGAGCAGGAUUCUGGAGUGGAAGAUGGUGACGAUGGCUGCAGUAAUCUUGACAACAGCAUCCCAACUCAACCCUCAAAUCCACCAGAGGAUGGAAACUCCACUAUUUUUGUCGCCUUCCAGGGAAACAUAGAUGAUGAGGAUUUUCAAGAGAAGCUUGAUAACAUCUUGAAUAGAAUGCCAAGCAUGCUGUUAUUGGGCUCUGAAAAGCUUCAGCCUCAGCAUGUGGAGCCGUGGAACAGUGUGCGAGUCACCUUCAAUAUCCCUCGGGAGGCUGCAGAAAGACUCCGCCUCUUGGCUCAAAACAACCAGCAGCAAUUACGGGACCUGGGAAUCCUCUCUGUUCAAAUUGAAGGUGAAGGUCCCAUUAAUGUUGCUUUGGGGCAGAGCAGAGGUCAAGAGGUCCGAGUGAAUGGGCCCAUUGGGGCCCCUGGGCAGAUGAGGAUGGAUGGAUUUCCAAUGCAGCCUGGCCCAGGAGGAAUGCGUAUGAGUAACCCUUCGGUUUCAGUGGUGCCCCCAGGGCCUGGUAUGGCAGCACAGGGAAUGGUGCCCGGAGGCGGUGUGCAGAUGCACCCAAGGGCUCCAAGGCCUCCUUCACAGACAGACACUAUGGAUCCCAUGCUGUCAGGGCUAGCUAUGCAACAGCAACAGCAGCAGCUACAGCACCCACAGGGACCACAUGGUGCUACCAAUCCCAUGGCACCUCAGGGGCAUCACUUGCAAGGCAACCGACAGCUAAACCCAUCCACGCUACAGCAGCUUCAGCAGCAGCAACAACACCAACAGCAGCAUGCCCAAUUGACACAGCUAAGUGGAGCUCGGGGCCCCUUCAAUCCCACUGGCCAGAUGCCAGUAUCUGCUGGUUGGAGCCAGGUUCUUCAGCCUCCUCCAGUCCAAGGACCCAUGGGUCCUGGUUGGAGGAAACCACCACCGCAGGCUCAAAUGGGACCACGUCCUCCCUCCUUGGCUUCUGUGCAAACACCAAACCAUCCUCCUCCCCCUUACCCUUAUGGAAGCCAGCAGGCUGGGCAGGUUUUCAAUGCCAUGGCACAGCAACAGUUACAGCAACAGCAACAACCUGGGGCAAAUCAGUUUGCAGCUCCACAGCCUAAAGGCCCCCAGGGAGCACAAGGUGUGGCUGGACCACGGGUACCUCCUCCUCCACCUCCCUCAUCAGCUCCACAGGGCAGCCUCUCUGCUAAAUCUCCUGGGUCCUCAUCUUCCCCCUUCCAGCAGGGGUCUCCUGGUACUCCUCCCAUGAUGGGACAGGGUCAAGGGCAGCUAGGUCCUCGUCCUACAACCCCACAAGGCUUCCCACAGGGCAUGGGCUCUCCUGGCAGGGCAGUGUUAGGUCAACAGGGUAAUAUGCAACCUGGUUUUAUUGGUAUGCCCCAACAUGGACAGGUUCCUCAAAGUGGAAUGGGAGGUAUGCCCAAACGAAUGCCUGUGGGCUUCCCAAACGUUCCAGGUAACCAGAACUUUGUACAAGGUCAGGUAACAGCAACUGGACCAGGACCCUCUGUGAGUAAUACAUCCCAGCUGCAGAGCAGUCAGAGUAUGGCGCUUGCAGGUGCUCAGCCCUCUGUCUCAACUCCAAACCACAUGCAGCCCAACUCUCUCCAAGGUGGUGUGUUGGGCCACCACAAUGGUAUGGUGAGCCAGCCCCCAGGUACUACCUCAGGAGGCAGUAUAGGACAGCCUCAGCAAGGCCUCCAGAGCCAAAUGAUGAGCAUACAAUCACAGCACCAGUCCCAGUCUGUGGUUUCUUCCCAAGGACAGAUGAUGCAGGGACAAUCUGGUGGACAGACCAUCCUCUCCAGACCGAUUAACCCAGGGCAGCGAGGAAUGACACCUCCUAAGCAGAUGAUGCCACCGCAGAGCCAAGGGAUGGUCCAAGGCCAAGGACAGCUUAGUGGGAACCAGGGGCACCAGGCUUUACUUUUGCAACAGCAACAACAACAACAGCAACAACAACAACAGCAGCAGCAGCAGCAGCAACAGCAACAACAACAACAGCAACAACAACAACAGCAACAACAACAGCAGCAACAACAACAGCAGCAGCAGCCACAGCAGCAAAAUUCCAUGAUGGAGCAGAUGGUAGCUAAUCAGAUGCAAGCUAGCAAGCAAGCUUUUGGCAACAAAGGACAGCCAGGAGUCAUGCAGGGGCAGAUGAUGCGAGGUCCAUCACCUAACGUGCCAGGAAAUCUGGCUCAGUUCCAGUCUCAGAUGGGUCAACAGCAGCAGAUUGCUCAGCAGCAACACCAACAGCAGCAGCAACAACAACAACAACAGCAACAACAAAUGGCUCAGCUACAGCAACAACAGCAGCUACAGCAACAACAGUUGCAGCAGCAGCAACUUCAGCUUCAACACCAACAGCCACAGCAGCAGCAGUUACAACAACAGCAGCUACAGCAACAUCAGCAAAUGAUGCAGCAGCAAACCCAACAAAUACCGAUGAAUGGUAAUCCCAACCAGACCAUAGGUCUCCAUGGACAACAGAUGCGACUUCAAGGAGGCCACCAUUUGGUCCAGCAGCAGCUCCAACAGCAGCAGCAACUUCAGCAGAAACAACAGCAGCAGCAACAAGUAAUGCAGCAGCUACAGCAACAGCAGGCUAGUCAACAGCAUCCACAUCAGUUGGGAGAUGGUGGUGGAAACACUGGUGACAUCAGCCAACAACAGAUGCUUUCAGACAUGCAGAACCAACAGCAGCAACAAGGAAUGAUGGGAGGCCCUCAACACAUGCAGGUGGGCAGUGGUCACUUUCCUGGCCAUGGCAUGCCCUUCAAUCCUCAAUUUGGGGGGCAAAUGCCCAUGGGAGGACCCUGUGGCCAGGCUGGAUUCCCAGUGAACAAAGAUGUAACACUAACUAGUCCCUUACUAGUUAACCUUCUCCAGAGUGACAUUUCUGCCAGUCAGUUUGGUCCAGGUGGGAAACAGGGGGCAGGUGGCACUGCUCCUAAUCAGACCAAGCCUAAAAAGAGGAAACCCCCUCGAAAGAAGAAACCCAAAGCAGGUGAAGGACAGCAAUCAGUGGACAACCUUGGUAGCAUGGAUUCCGCUGCACAUGGAAUGGAGGAUGUCGAGAUGCAAGGGCUAGGAGGUGAUCAAGGCGUUGGCGCUGACCCCUCCAACUCUAAACUCUCAGAUUUUACUAACAGGCCAUCAGGCUUCCCAGGUCAGCCUGGAGACCAAAGGGUCUUGCAGCAAAUGCCGAUUCAGUUCAUGCCCCAACAACAACAACAGCAACAGCAGCAGCAGCAGCAGCAGCAGAUGCAUCAAAUGCAACAGCAGCAGUUACAACAGCAGCAGCAGCAGCAAAUGCAACAGCAACAAAUGCAACAACAGCAAAUGCAACAGAUGCAACUGCAGAGUAUGCCAGUUCCCCCUGUCCAAACAGGAGCAAUGCCCCCAGGACAGCAGCAAAGCCAACCUCAAAUCCAUCAACAUCAGCUACAGCUCCAGCAGCCGCCACAACAACAGCAGCAGCAGCAGCAGCAGCAACAACAACAACAACAACAGCAGCAGCAGCAACAACAACAACAACAACAACAACAACAGCAGCAGCAGCAGCAACAACAACAACAACAGCAGCAACAGCAGCAACAGAUGAUGAUGAUGCUUAAGAUGCAGCAAGAUCAAGCUAAGAAUCGAAUGCCACUUCAACAAGGUAGUCACCCAAGGGGUCUUCUUAAUCCUUCUGAUUCAGCUCAGAGAAUGCCAGUCUCUCAACAGGGCAACAUGCCUGUGAUGAUUAAUCUACAAGGACAUGGUGGUGUUCCACCCUCUCCAGAUAAAGCUAGGGGAAUGCCACUUAUGGUUAACCCACAGCUUGCUGGGGCAGCAAGGAGGAUGCCCCAUCCAGAGACAGGACAAGGUACCUCUGGAAUAGUCUCUGAAGAUGCAUCAGGAACUCACAACUUGCAGGACAGAGUCCCUCAUGAUGUAGGCCUUCAGACAGGGAAUGGGAUGCAACAGAUGGUUGUUAACCAGGGUCCCAAUACCCACCUAAUGAAAUCCGGAUCAAUGCCCCCACACCCAGGGGCCAGUCCCCAGCAACAGCCACAGCAAGCAAGUUCAAUAGCAGGUUCACAUAGUCUCCACUUUCCUGGCGUUCCUAGUACUUCCCAGAGUUCCCGCCCUAAGACACCCAACCGGGCAAGUCCCAGACCAUACCACCAUCCACUAACCCCAACCAACCGUCCACCCAGCACUGAACCCUCUGAAAUUAAUCUCUCUCCUGAGAGGUUGAAUGCCUCGAUAGCUGGCCUUUUCCCACCGAAAAUAAACAUUCCUCUACCACCUAGGCAGUCUAACCUCAAUCGAGGUUUUGAUCAACAGGGACUUAAUCCGACCACUUUGAAAGCCAUUGGUCAAGCUCCACCAAGCCUAUCAUCAAUCUCUAACAAUAAUAACACUAAUAGUGCUGCUACUAACAAUGGCCAGCAGUCUUUUUCCUCAAGUGGUGCUUCAAAUGUAGGAGGAAAACAAGACAAACAGUCCGGGACCGGGCAAGCCAAAAGAGCUAGUCCGAGUAAUAGCCGGCGAUCAAGUCCUGCCUCAAAUAGGAAAGCUGCAACCCCAAGCCCAGGCAGGCAAAAAGCAGCCAAGAAUUCACUCACGUCUCCACAGCACCAGCAGCAAAUAGUCACUUCACAGUCCAUGAUGGUUAGUCCAACUUCUGUACUCCCAAGUCCCAGUGCAUCCAUGUCACCAGCUGGCACUCAGGAUGUACAGCAGAUUCAGUCCCCUCUCCACAGUCUCCACAGUAGCUCAGAUACAAUAAAAGAAGGGCAGACAGCAUUGCCAGAACUGCACCAGUCUCUCCAGUCACCAAGAGAUCAGGCUGCUCCGAGAAUUUCAAGCCCACGGGUUCCUCAGGAGCCCAGAGGUCCAGAACCCAAAAGUGCAGUAGAGCAGCCAACUGCAGAGGAAAAACUUCUUCCUCAGACAGCACAACAAGAGCUUGGCUCUGAGGUCUCGCCAGCUUUUAGAGAUGCACCAACAUCUCUCAAUCAGCUCCUGGAUAACACAGGUUCUCCUUCACUGUCUAUGAAGUCAUCCCAGUCUGCAGCCCAAGCACUUAGUGGAGACACAGUGCAAAAAGAUGUGGUGCAAAAAGAUAGUUCUUAUUCUCAGACAGAGCAAGACACUGAGCAGAACACUAACAUACCUGUAACUACUGAUGGUGGAACUUCUUCAUCUGCUGCUGACUUUGAACAGAAACAGAAGGUCUCAUUGAUGUCCAGCUCCAAUCUCAACCCUAUCAGUAGCACAAGCCUACAAACCCCCAGUGUUACUUUAAGUGUUAGUCCCAGCCCAGUUCUUCUUCCCAGCUCCAGUGCAAAUGUUACUCCCAACUCUGCUGCUGGUUCAAAUUUAAAUCCCACCCCUAAACCCAUUACAAACAUGUCAACAGUCUUACAGAGGCCUACCUCAUCAGCAGCUACUCCACCUAACCAGAUAACUGUCUUUGUCACCUCUAACCCCAUUAGCUCUGCUGCUAGCAGUGCUCCUGCUGUGCCACCAGGCAUAGUUUCUACUGUGCUUGCUGUCCCCAGUAAAAACAUAAGACCUCCUGAUGCUCGUCAGCAGACUCCCACACAAUCACGCACCCCACAAUUCAUCACGACUCCUGUUUUUAUCAACCCAAUAUUCCAAGUCCCUGCUGCCUCUGUCCCCUCAAGCACUAAUGUGGUCUCCCAGCCUGUCACUGUUGUUGGGCCCAUUCAAGUUUCUGCAAAUAUUCAUCUCACUCCAGCCCCAACAUCCACAACACCAGCUACUGCAUUAGUAUCAGCACCUGUGACAACACAUUCCGUUUCUGUGAGUGUAGCCGGCAGUCAGCCUGGUCGCGCUGUCAUUGGACAGAUCCAGGUACAAGUGCCUACAAGCAGCCAUGCUCCCCCUGUGAGCAAGUUACCACCUGCCCAACAGCCAAGUCCUGGGACCCCCAAACAGGACAGCUCAUCUGAGAUCUCAUCUGCUCCAAAAUCCAGCCCUGCAGCACCCUUGUCUCAGCCUUCACCCCAUCCAAAUUCAUCCCCCUGUUCCUCGUCACCUUUCCAGCAGCCCCUGGCUUCUCCACCUGCUUGCACCAGCCCAGGGGCCACAGCCAGUGCAAGGAGAAGUCCUUUGUCCCCAUCGGCAGCUUCAGCCAAGAGCAACACUUGUCAAGCUGUUGUGAGCAAAACUCCUGUAUCAACAUCCCCUCAAUGCAGGGAUGACCAACAGAUACAACAAGAGGCCAGUGCACAACCGGGCCAAACUACAGGGAGCAUGCAACCAUAUGUUUCUCCCCUUGCGGUUCUAACAGAAACGGUUUCCUCAGCACAACCUGCUGCUCCCAUGAAACCUCCGUCUGGUUCCAUAGCAUCUCCUCCUGCGGUCUCGGUCCCUGUGACUGUGCUUAGCCCAGCACCAACCACCACACACAUUCCCACCCCUAACCCCUCUGCUCCUACUACCAGUACCACUGCUGUUCCUCUCCCUAGUCCCAUUACCAGUUCUUCUCCCUCUAGUUCCCCUGCGGAAUCACUUGCUGUCUCUGCUCCUGUCCCAGUAGUCCCCAAUCCUCCUGAUAACCCUCAGGCUGUGUCAUCCCAACCCUUACCAGCUGGGGGGCAACAGUCUCCUGUGACAAUUGAUAGUGGCCAGCCAGAUGCUGCCGAAGCUGGAGCAACUGUGUUGGAUGGGCAGAGCCUCCCAGCUCAACCUGAAGCUGUACAGGAAGAGCAUCCAUCAAGUGAGAAAACUGGAGAUGAAGCUCCCUCUGUGGCAGAGCAGGGAUUGGUAAAGAAAAGAAAGACGCCCGUCAACUUAGUCCCAAGGGAUACCAGGGCCACUGCUGAGAAGGCUAAGGGCCCCAGCCGACGGAGCUCACGGGCAGAGAAGGAGACAGAAGAAGAAACAUCAGACAACGGGCAGAGGAAAAGGGCAGCCAGACCUGGAUCGGCUUCCUCCAAUGCCGGGAAAGGAGCAGAAUCAAACACUGGAGCUAGUCCUACCCAGCCAAAGAGAAGGAAGUCUAAAUGACCAUGAAAAUUAACACCUGUGAAUUGUACAUUUAUUAUUUGUCUCUUAUGUAAACUGUUUUAUCUGCUGUUUCUCCUGAAUAAUGUUGUUUGUAGAGAGAGUAACCAUGUACAGAUUCUUGCUUUAAAAAGAAAUUAUGAUAUUGUUUUGUCUCCCCCUUCAUAAUGCAGUCUUAUUUAGAAUCA